AUGGACAAUAAAGAGUUCGUGUCGGACAAUCUCCUACGCCUAACAGGCGCGUCAGAACCCACCAUCAUCGAUUUCGUGCUCGCGACUGCCAGCUCAGCCAAGUCGACCUCUUCCCUUCAAGAUACCCUCGUGUCCUUCCUGGACGGCAUAGACACUAGCUCAGCUGAAAUUGGUGCCUUUGCUCGGGAGCUCCAUGCCCGCAUGGGCAAGGGCGCACAGCCCAGCGCGUCUGCCCCCAAACCCGCGACGAGCAAGGAAUCUACGAAAAAGAAAUACCGCCUGGUGGACAUGGGCGAAGACGAGUCAGAGCUGCUAGGACCCACCAAUGUCGAAGCAGAUCGAGAGCGACGGAGGAGACGGGACAGAGACAGCGACAAGGACAAUAGCAGCAGCAAGCGAGACUCCGAGCCUCGGAGCCGCGGAGAAAAGGACGACAGCCGAAAGCGAGACCGAAGCCGCGACGCAGAGAGCCGCGACCGGCCACGGACGAGAAAGCUUCGCAAGAAGGGCUCCCAGGACUUCGACGAUCGAUGGGGCGACGAAGAGAUCUUCGAAGACGAGAUGUACCCAGGGGAAUUCGAAGAAUCCCCCUCCAAGCGCACACGACUCGACGAUGGUUCCGCGUCUCCCGCUCCCGCCCCACCGGCCGACGAUAUCGAUAUCGACCCUAAAACUAAGCAAGAGAUCGACCGCCAACGAGAUCUCCGUGAACGAGACGAGUUUGCCAAACGACUGGCCAAUAAGGAAAGCAGCAAGUCGAAAAAAAUCGUUGAGGAUCGGACGCGCGACGGCGAGGCUGCACGGCGGCGUGCGCUGGGCGAUGAUGCCAGCGCACGGGCUUCGAUGAUGCCCGAUCUGCGAGAAAGGUCUCGACAGGAAUACUUGAAGAAGCGCGAGACAGAGCGGUUAGCACUGCUGCGACGACAGGUUGUAGAGGAGACCCAGGAAUUGCGUGAGAACCCGAAUCUGUCUCGUAAGGAGAAGGAGGAGUUUGCGCGCAACCGAGAGGUCCUUCGUCUCGCCGAAGAACGGCUUCGGAUCGACGAUCACCGCGAUGGGUAUCAGAUGCCAUCUGAUUAUAUUACAGAGAAAGGAAAGAUCGACCGGAAGAAGAAGGAAGAGGCUUUGUACAAGCGGUACGUCGAGCGCGACGAGCUAGGCCAGGAGCGAUUCGUCACAGAGCACGAGGAAUGGGAGCUGGAGCAGGCGGCCAAGGCCAAGGCACAGAUCAAAAAGGCUGAGUUCGUUGAUGAGGGAGACUAUGAGUAUGUCUUCGACGAUUCGCAGCAGAUCAACUUUGUCAUGGACGCCAAACUGGAGGGCACGCAAAAGCCACUGACGAAGGAACAGCUGCGGUUCAAGGAGCAGGUCGAUGCAGCGGAGAAGAAAGCCCUUUCGAUGGAGGAGACCCGCAAGAGUUUGCCUAUCUAUCAAUUCCGUGAUCAGAUCAUCGAGGCUGUGGCAAAUCAUCAAGUUUUGAUUAUCGUUGGUGAAACCGGUUCCGGAAAAACCACACAGCUCCCACAAUACCUCCACGAGGCCGGUUAUACCAAGGAUGGCCUCAAGAUUGGUUGUACGCAACCGCGACGAGUGGCUGCCAUGAGUGUUGCUGCUCGGGUGGCGGAUGAAAUGGGCACCAAGAUCGGAAAUGAAGUUGGUUAUGCCAUCCGAUUUGAGGACAACACCAGCGACAAGACCAUCCUCAAGUAUAUGACCGAUGGAAUGUUGCUGCGAGAACUAUUGACAGAACCGGACCUCAGCCAGUACGCGGCCUUGAUGAUUGACGAGGCGCACGAACGGACGGUGCCAACAGAUAUUGCCUGUGGUCUGCUUAAGGAUAUUGCCAAGGCACGACCCGAUUUGAAGCUGCUCAUUUCCUCGGCGACGAUGGAUGCACAGAAGUUCCAGAGUUAUUUCGACGAUGCUCCUAUUUUCAAUAUUCCUGGUCGCCGCUACCCCGUCGACGUGCACUACACUUCACAGCCUGAAGCCAACUACCUCGCCGCAGCCAUCACAACGGUCUUCCAGAUCCACGUCACGCAAGGUCCGGGAGAUAUCUUGGUCUUCUUGACUGGACAAGAAGAGAUUGAGGCCGCCGAGCAAAGUUUACAGGAAACGGCUCGAAAACUUGGGAGCAAGAUUCCGGAGAUGAUUAUUGCUCCUAUCUACGCCAACCUGCCAUCCGAACUGCAGACGAAGAUUUUCGAGCCUACUCCGCCCAAGGCACGAAAAGUGGUACUUGCUACCAAUAUCGCCGAGACUAGUUUGACCAUCGAUGGUAUUGUCUACGUGAUUGAUCCCGGAUUCGUCAAGGAGAACGUUUUCAACCCACGCAGCGGAAUGGAGAGCUUGGUCGUGACGCCGUGUUCGCGUGCCUCAGCCAACCAGCGAGCCGGCCGCGCCGGGCGUGUUGGCCCAGGCAAAUGUUUCCGCCUGUAUACCAAGUGGGCGUACUACAACGAGCUGGAAGAUAACACCACUCCGGAGAUUCAACGUACCAACUUGAACGGAGUGAUUCUGAUGCUGAAGUCGCUGGGCAUCGACCAACUCCUCGACUUUGACUUCAUGGACCCACCGCCGGCGGAGACCAUCAUCCGUGCUCUGGAACAGCUGUACGCGCUGGGAGCGCUCAACGACCGGGGCGAGCUGACCAAAGUCGGCCGACAGAUGGCCGAGUUCCCAACGGACCCGAUGCUCGCCAAGGCGAUCCUCGCGGCCGACAAAUAUGGAUGUGUAGAAGAAGUGUUGUCGAUCGUGUCGAUGCUCGGCGAAGGCAGCGCACUCUUCUUCCGACCCAAGGACAAGAAGAUCCACGCGGACAGUGCGCGCAACCGGUUCACCAUCAAAGACGGCGGCGACCACCUGACGCUCCUAAACGUCUGGAACCAAUGGGUCGACUCGGACUUCAGCACGAUCUGGGCGAAGGAGAACUUCCUGCAGCAGCGCAGUCUGACGCGGGCACGCGAUGUGCGCGACCAGCUCGCCAAACUGUGUGACCGUGUCGAGGUCGCCGUCAGUACCUGUGGAUCAACGAAUAUUCAGCCAAUCCAGAAAGCCAUCACGGCUGGGUUCUUCCCCAAUGCGGCGCGACUCCAGCGUGGCGGUGACAGUUACCGCACUAUCAAGAAUGGCCAGUCGGUAUACUUGCAUCCGUCUAGUACGCUUAUGGAGGUUAACCCUCGCUGGGUCAUCUACUUUGAGUUGGUGCUUACCAGUAAGGAGUACAUGCGGAGUAAUAUGCCGCUGCAGCCAGAAUGGCUGGUUGAGGUUGCGCCACAUUACUAUAAGAAGAAGGACCUGGAGAGUCUUGGGUUGGAUCGCAAGGUGAGUAAGGGGCAGGGGGCUGCUGGGGAGAAGAGCCGGGAAUAG